UACAUUAUCCCGAGUUGAAUUGAACUAUAUUCUUCAGUCAAAAUGAAGUUUCCAUCAGCCCAUUAUGUUAGAAAAUCAAGAAGUCACAUAAAAUCCUUUGAAUCUUAACUAGGGGGCAGAAAGAUUUUUCUGGGAGAGAAAAGUUGUCUGUUUGUCUCUAUAUCUAUCUUCCAAGAAUCUGCCCAGAAGAGAAAACUGGCAAAUUCUGCAGUUUCGCAGGCAUGAUUCUCCCCGCACGCUGUUUCUCCUCACUGAAUCCCAUCAUUCCCCCUGCCAAAACAUCAAUUCCUGCAACAAGUUCAUCAGCAAAUGAGAAAAUAGCUCCAAAAAUGGCUCCAAUCCUCAGGAAAACGCACAAGGACUCGCAGGAAAGCAAUGGAUUCUGCUUUUGCUGCAGCAGAAGGCGGUUUCUGGGAGCAGGCGGGGCGGCUCUCUUGCCCAUUCGUGCUUCUGGUGCUUCUGAUUCAACCUCCAAUGACCCCAAGGAAAUGUUGAAUAGGGUUCACCCUCCAAGGGCAGAUUGGUAUGAAGAGUUUUAUGCGUGGGCGAUGAACACAUUCACAAAAGCUUACGAGGCAGAGAUUGCAGCUUACAAGUCUGAACUUUUUGCUAAUUUGAGAGGGCAAGUGAAGAGCGUUUUGGAAAUUGGCAUUGGGACCGGUCCCAAUCUUAAGUAUUACUCUGGCGAUAUGGACUUCGUUUAUGGCAUAGAUCCAAACCGGAAGAUGGAGAAGUAUGCACAGGCGGCAGCAGAAGCAGCUGGCCUUCCACCCGACAAUUUCAAAUUUAUGCAAGCGGUUUCGGAGGCCUUGCCUCUCGGUGAUGCUUCUGUGGAUGCUGUUGUUGGGACCCUCGUUUUAUGUUCCGUUAAAGAUGUCGAUUUGACACUGCAGGAGGUGAGGCGGGUGCUGAAGCCAGGCGGCGUUUUUGUGUUUGUAGAACACGUCGCUGCACAAGAUGGAACACUACAUAGGUUUGUACAAGGAUUGCUUGAUCCUUUACAGCAGUUUGUGGCAGAUGGGUGCCAUCUCACUAGGAAAACUGGGAAGAGUAUUGCAGAUGCAGGGUUUGCAGAGGUUGAUAUUCAUCAAGCUUCCUUAUCUUCUGCUUCACUCAUAAAUCCUCAUGUCUAUGGUGUAGCUCACAACUAGAUUCAAUCUUACUUUGUAUGUAAUCAUUUCAAUCUUGAUAAUACAAUAAAGUGGGCAUUGAACC